AAUAGAGUCAGGACAGACCAAGGGGAAGGAAACGAUUUGAGAGGAGGUUCACACUUACACUUUACACAUUUGUGGUGCAACAUGUCCUCUAGCAAUUCCAAUUCCACGGAGUUCAGGAGAAAAUGGGACCGGGACGAGUACGAGUCACUGGCCCAGCAGAGGUUGAGGGCGGAGCGGGAGGCGGCCCAGGCACAGAACCAGAAGGUGGCACCAGUCAAGAGGGAGUUGCUACGACAGCGAGACUACAAGGUGGACAUUGACUCCAAGCUGGGCAAGAGUCAGGUCAUCACCAAGACCACACCGGCCUCUCAGUCUGGCGGGUAUUACUGCAACGUGUGUGAUUGUGUUGUCAAGGAUUCCAUCAACUUCCUCGACCACAUCAAUGGCAAGAAACAUCAAAGGAACCUGGGCAUGUCUAUGAGAGUAGAGCGCUCCUCACUAGAUCAGGUCAAGAAACGCUUUGACAUCAAUAAGAAAAAGCUGGAGGAGAAGAAGAAGGACUACGACAUUGAGCAGCGGAUGCAGGAACUCAAGGAGGAGGAGGAGAAGCUGAAGGAGUACCGCAGGGAGAAGAGGAAAGAGCGCAAGAGGAAGGCAGACUCCUCCAUUGACGAGGACGUUGGGGGGGGCAUGGACCCGGAGAUGGCUAAGGUCAUGGGCUUCUCCGGGUUCUCCUCGUCCAAGAAAUAAUGUGCUAGGCUUAAGGCUCGGUUCUAAUUAUUUUAAGGCAUCUUUUUUUGGAGAAAACAUACAAAAUAAAUUAAGAUUCAUA